CAUUAAUGAGUCACGUUUAAAUUAAACGGAAAUGAGGUGGGUUACUUUCAAGCUACCGAUAUUUGAGCGAUAUGCCUUUUAAAGACGAUUGAUUGAUGACUGAUUAUCGACUGACUGUCAUUCAGAUAUCACAAGAUAGUCAUCCUUAAUAUCGAACGUGACGUAAUUGCAAAAUCUUACAUGCAUUUCGAAGCGUCUCGUGUCAGUCUUAUUACAAAACUUUCACAAUUUUUCUCGGAAGCGAUCGUUUAGUUUGAUCGUGUACGUGGGUGAAGUUCUAUGUAGGCGAACAAUCUUUUCUCAAUUUCUCCCUUCAAAAUUUCAGAGGAAGAAGCUAAACGUCAUGGAAAACUUGAAUAGUUUAGAAAUUUCACCUCAGCCGGAAAACAUCACCCAGACAGAAGAUUUGGAUGCCUUUGACUCCAACAUUGUCGAAUGUCAAUCCAAACUCAAUCCCCAUUUUCUGGUGAAUCCAAUGCAAUCUUUAAUCGACGAAAAGAUCAGCAUCGUAGUCAAAGGUCUCACCCCUGGGCAGCGAAUCACAUUGAAGGCAAAACUGACGGGAGAUUCCAAAGAAGAAUUUGAAUCUUCCGGCCAUUUUAUCGCGGAUGGAGCAGGAAGUGUUUGUACUGCGGAAACUCCAUCUUUAUCUGGAACAUACACUGGUGUCGAUUCUAUGGGCCUACUGUGGAGCAUGAAACUUUUGCCUGGACAAAGGAAAGGACAACGGCUAAGCAAGAAGAACGUCACUAAACCUUAUUACAUUCAUCUACUUUUAUUUAAUGGCCAUGUAGAGGAUUGUACCGGUAACGAAGUCCGCAAAGACUUGCAGCCGAUCUGUAGCGUGACAUUCGAGAGGUGGUACAUGAGUGAGGGUGUGCGAAGAAUUCCUGUUAGGAAUGGAAGGUUGCGAGGCACUUUAUUUUUACCUCCAGGAAAAGGACCGUUUCCAGGUAUUAUUGACUUGUUCGGCACGAUUGGAGGUUUAGUAGAGUUUAAGGCCUCCCUGUUGGCAUCUCAUGGCUUUGCAGCCUUAGCCCUAGCGUACUUCGCGUACGAUGACUUGCCGAAGGUAGCGACAGAACUUGAGUUAGAUUACUUCUUCGAGGCCUGUGAUUGGAUGCUGGCGCAUCCUGACGUUAUGUCACGCGGUCUGGGAGUGAUGGGCGUUUCUAAAGGUUCGGAGUUAGCUCUCAUUUUAGCAGCACAUCGCAAAGAAGUAACCGCAGUUGUGGGUGUCUCUCCUGCGCAUGCUCUCAUAGCUUUUCCGCUGAAAUGCAGAGGGGAGCCGUUGGCCUUCCUUAAAUUUAAACCGGAUCUCGUCAAACUGUCUGAGAAUGGAGCGAUGAUCUUUAAAGAAUCAUAUCCGCCGGAUAUGACUGAUGGUCCGGGACGUGCUGCUACCAUCGAAGUUGAGAAAAUUCAGGGGGAUAUACUGCUCAUAUGCGGGGCUGAUGACCAGAAUUGGAAGGCACAGGAAAUGGCAGGCAAAAUCCGCUCCAGAUUGCGCAAGUAUGGAAAAGAAUCUCGUUGUACAAUUCAUAGUUAUCCCGGUACGGGACAUUUGAUAGAGCCUCCUUACACACCCACGUGUCAUCUUUCGUAUCAUAAGUCGUUCAGGAUGUGUUGUGAAUGGGGCGGUGAACCACGACAGCAAGCAUUUGCCCAGGAAGAUUCCUGGAAACAUAUCUUAAACUUCUUCGCCGAUAACCUGUCAUUGAAGAAUAAGAAAAGUCGAUUGUAGUUCAAAAUUUAAUUUUGUAGGAUUCUGGGCCGAUUUGCACGGACGCUGAAACCUGUGAUCAGGCGAUCAUUUCAUUCGCUAGGUUAAUAACGGAGGGUAACCCACUGUUACGAAUGAUCGAUAAUCGACUGUUUCUUACGCUCGCCGAAGCAGUACAAGAGUUUCUUUUGUCGAGGAAAAAGUUUGUUUAACUCGUAAAUGUGUAAAGGUAUUGGGCAUUGCAAAUUAUGAAUGAUUUAGAACCUUUAAAUGCAAUUAAAAUGCAAGGCUCGUUGUUUCGACCUAUUCCCUGGAAAAGUUUAAAAUCGUAUAGCGCAAUAUGGAUGUGCUACAGCGCAACUGUCUGCUCUGACUGAGAAAUAGACGCACAGAGGAGAAUCAGCAGAUAUACACUGUUCAGCACAUACACUCCCACUUAAGAAUGAUCGAGGUGUAAACUAUAAAUGACAUCACCGCUGACCAAUAGCUCCUUUCAAAAAAAAGUGAAGAACUUGA